UAUGGUAAAAUAUUUUAUUGAAUGUUUCUGUAGGAUUAUUAUUUUGAGUUUGUAUUCAUAAUUUAUACGUUCAAGUUGUAAUAAUUGUGUAACAUAAUUUAUAUAAAUAUCAUAAACGUGGUCAUUUAAAUAUCUUCAAUAACUAUGUAAGUAUAUAAAUAUUGUUCAGAACAAAUUUAUAAAAGUAAUAAUUAAGAAAUGAAUACAUUUUUACUAUAAUACAUUUUAAACACUUGUGCCUAUGUGAUAUUAACCAUUAUUAAUAAAUACAAUUUUAUUAGUUAAGUAGAUUCUUAUAUUUUUGUGUUUAGUUUUAAAAUUUAAGGGAAUGUACUAAUUAACUGAUGUGAACUUCACUGGUCAGAUUAAUUUCCAGAGGACCGAGCCCUUUACCUAAAUGAAAUUUUAAAAACUUAUCCUUAGAUACCUAUUGGUUGUUGUAUCCAAAAACCAGUUUACUAUUUCCAUUAUAUUUCCUUUUGGAGCAGAAAAUCCAUGGAUAAACUAAUACGGAUUAAUACUGCAAUUAUCUGCUGAAUAACUCAAAAUUGUAUAGUCAUGUUGACUAGGUUUAUAAUAGAAUCGGAUGACACUGGUAUUAUUUACUUUGUAUAAAAACCAACAUGAAAAAUUUACUAAAACUUUAUGAUUGUGAUAUAGGCCAAAACCAAACAAUAUAAUAAUAAUUUUAAUGUUCCAUUAAUUUUUAUAUAUUUUUGUUUAAUAAUUUCAUAUCUUAAAUUUGUAAAUAAAGUUAUAAUGUGAUAAAUUUAUUUCAAUUAUUAUGUUCUUAAAUGAUUUUAAUACAACUAUAAUUUAAUUUCACAUAGGUAACUAGUUAAUAUAAUUUAGGAAUGUCAACAAAUACAUUUACAUACUUAUUAUUAAAUGCAUUAAGAUAAUAAUAAGAAAUAGAGCAAAUUAUGUAUUACUUUAUUUUUUUACUAUGAUUAAUAAGUUUAUUAUUAUUUCUCUGGUGUAGGAGUACUUAGUGUUGCAUACAAUUUCCAACUACUAAUAAAUAAAAAAACAUACUAAUAUAUUAUAAUAUUUUUGUAUGAAUUAUUGUCGUUUACAAAUAAUUUAUGAGCACACUAUUGUCAUAUACUAUUUUGAUGAAAUAAUUGAUCAGUGGCCUAGUGGCGGUCUCCAAACCUUUUCCCUAAGUAAUUGUAAUUAACGUAUGUCUGUCGAAAAGUAUGCGUAAAUUUAAAAUUAAGGUUACUUAUAAUUUGGUAAGGAGAUACUCUACUAGCGCAUCAAAACUUUAAUAAUUGAACCAUAAUUAAAAAUAGAAAAAAAUAACUAAUCGAUUAAAAAAUUUAAAUGGUUAUAGAAAAAUAUAUUAGUAAUUGUAUACAGAAACAUUUUAUUAGUAUUAUAUUAAAAGUUUAAUUUUGCUAUAAAAUUGUUUAUUUAAAAACAAUGACUAUGUUUUAAAUUGUAUAUUUACUCGGGUUAAUUAGUAUUAUAUUACCAUCCUCAAAAUAGCAAGCUUGGCUCUACUAAUGAGUGUAGAUAGACAUUUACUAUAUGCAUAAAAUAAAAAUAAUAUUAAGUAUCUGGUUAGUAUAUUUAGUAGGUAUUGUACACUUAUGUAUGUGAUAAGAUACCUACUACUGAUACCAGAUUUUAAUCUGGUCAAGGAAUAAAUUGAUGUUUCCUACAGUUUAUCCUCCCUCAGUGGGAAGUUAAUAAUAACGUGCAAUAGAUAUACAGGUGUAACAUGUAAACAGGAUGUCCAGUUACACCCAUUAUACAAUUGUGUUGUCCGAUUUUCAGAAUGAUCAUAAAAAAAUGUUUGCCAGGGCUGGGGAAAUUAGAUCUAAUUGAACUUAGAACUGAUAGUAAAUUGGACUUCUCCUAAUUUAUGUGAGAAUUCUAUGGGUGAAUAAAUAUAAUUUUGAUUUAAUAUUAGAAUUCUUAAAAUUUAAUGUGUAUAUAUACAAAGAAUAAGGCAUAGUUUAUAUAAAAAGUAAUGAUUAAUCAAAUAUAUUUUAGAUUAUGAGUGGAGCGAAGUAGCUUAUGGCUUUAUAAUGUUUAUUAUUAUUAUUUUUUUUAAUCUGUGCGCAACUUUUCUACCAGAAAACUUGCCUCGAUUUGUACAUGUAGCAUCUUUUCUGAAAGGAAAUAGGUGUGAAGAGGUACUUUAGGGUGGUCAUAUUUAGAUUUUCUCAAAAGUUUUCUCAUCAAAUUUGAAAAACUGAAAUAACGGGAAAAUAUCAUAAAUGUAGGUAUUAGGCCGCGCGCACAUUGGAUGCGUUUUCGUACGAAUUUGAUUCGUGCGAACUUGUACAUACACGCACGAACGAUCCCGGCCUACCUGAUACUAUGUGAGCGCGCAGACUGGGUGCGAUUUGUUCGUGCGUGUACGUACAAGUUCGCACGAUAUGUACGUGUAACUUUGACGUACGAAAACAAUCCGAACUUGUCCGGAUUUCAUUAUCGUUCGUACGAUAAUGAUGACGACGCAGCCGUCUCCGGACUAGAAGAGAAUUAUCUUGAAGGUACAGAUUAUACAUUGCGUUCUAAUAAUAAGGUUAGGUUAAUAAUAAGGUUAUAACAAUAAGGUUCUAAUAAUAAGGACGUCACGAUUGCGAUAUCACCGGAACACUAUUUUACGGAAAAAAACGUAUUCAGUGUGCGCAAUCAAAUCGUACGACCAGUAUUCGUACGUUUUCGUACGAAACAAAUUCGUAUACAAUGUGCGCGCGACCUUAGUUAAAAUAUAUGACAAAUUUUUUUCCUGUGCACAAUUUUUCUACUAGCAAUUUUGCUACAAUUUAUAAUGAUAGCAAUGUUUCUAAAAGGAAAUCCAACUGGGGAGGUACUUUGCCCUCUGGAACUAAACGUUGCGAGGUAUCCAUCAGUGAGUUUCGAACUACUUGUUUGAACCGAAAUUCAAAGUUUAUUCGUUCGUACGAAAACCCCACACUUGACACCAAAAUAUGUAGUGAGCUCAGGGCUGACGCUCUGUGUUCAUACGAUUUAUUUAAUGACGGACUUCGCCUACGUCUGCUGGUGGUAGAGGAUUGUGAUGGAUAGUAAAAACAAUUUAUAAAUACAUAUAACUAAUUACUUUAUUUUACAACUCAUAUAAUUAAAAAAACAGAAAUAGAAAACGGACCAGAGGUUCGUCCGCAAGGGCUUGAACGUGGACCGAUCUUAACGUGAGACGGUGGCGAUGAUCUGGAAACUGUAACCGUUCUGUCUUAGGUGUAUAACAGGACCCGUAUAUAUACAGAUCCAGUGGACGCUACGUGAUUCCUGAAGGUUAAUUUAAUAGAAGCAUAAGGACGCAAUAGGAAAAAGAAUAGGUACAUAGCGCGUGUCGCUAUAGGUCCCCUGUGAUAAUCAAAUAUUAUAUUGACGUAGUUAUCGGCCUCGACGUGCAUGUAAUUAUAUAGUUUAAAUGGGUUUACUACAGAGGUUAUUUUUCAAUUUUUGCAAGAAUUUCCCAGGCAAAUGUGAAAAACCGGGAAAAACAUAUAGGAAAACUAAAAAAAAUCGGUACAACAUUAAAUAAAUAUUAUUAAAGAAAAUAUAUAGAGGCUAUUUAUUUAUUUUACUAUAUAUUGUUGACAAAGCAUCCCUAUCAACUCAACUUUGCUUAGAAUCUUUUUUUCGUAAGCAAUGGUUUAUCAGUGAUUACAGGUAUACAUUAAAUUACCUAUAACAGUGGCUGUAUCUGUCCCCAUUAUACUAGUUUUUUUUUUUUAAUUUAUCAAUCUGAUAAAUAUUUUUUUUGUUUUAGGGACUAUUUAUCAAAUUCUGAAAAUACAUUUGUAAAUAUUUUGACAUCAUUAAGGGAACAAAGUGAUAUAAAAUGGUCAUUAAAGUCUUUAGAUACUGAUCAAUUGACAUCUAAUUCUCAAGAAACACAUUUAUCUAACUAUCAAAAAAACCAAUUACUUACGGAAAGUGUAAAGUUGUCAAUUAAAGAGGUUAGUAAAUAGUAAUACAAUAUAGUAAGUAUAUAUUAUAUGGAAAACUAAAUAAUAUUAUUUUGUUAUUUUUUACAAAUAAUAAUAAUUACUUUUUAAUUUAUAUUGAAUAUUUAAUAGCUUAAAUUGGAUUGCAAUGAAUAAUGAAUUGCCACUAUGACUUUAAUUAUUAUGAUAGAUCAAUAUAAUGAUUUUACCAUGUUUAAUUUAUUAUAUUUUAAUUAUAGUUAUUAAUUUUUAGCUAGCUCCAAUUAUCAAUUCUGAUUUUGAUGUUAUAUUAAACAAAGCAAUACAAAUACUUGAAGAUUUGAAAAGUUUAAAAAAAACAGCAACUAUUAGAAUUAUGGGAUACAUGUUAAUUAAAAUUCUGAAAACAAAACUUCAAGGUUUAUAUGUAAAUGAACAUAAAUUGAUUACGGUAAUACAAUAGAAUCAUUUUUAAGUUUCUUUACUGUUUAUUAUUCAAUUUAUAUCUAAUUGUAAAUUACAUAAAUACCUAACUAAGUUGUAUAUUUUUAUUCCAUUACAUCUAAAAUAAUUUUGAAAAAAUAUGAUAGAUGAAAUCAAAUUUUAAUAAAACACCAGUGAUAUUUGUUCCGAGUCACAGAAGUUACCAAGAUUUUAUUUUAAUGGCAUUUAUAUGUUUUCACUAUAAUAUUGAAAUUCCAUAUGUAGCAGCUGCUAUGGGUACUUUUAUAAUGAUUUACAAUAUGCACGGUUUAGUAGAAAAUUUUGUUGAUUGAACCCUUGGUAUCUAUUUGUAUGGUUUUUAAAGUUCAAUUAAGUUGUAGAGUUGUUACUGAUUAAAAGUUUAUAAUUUUUGAUCAGGUGUUUUGAUAUCAAAUUGCUAUUUGGUAGCAUGAAAGCCUUAAAAUAGAUAUACCUAAUUGAAAUAAAUUUUAGAAUGUUUUAUAGGUUAUGGUUAAAUUUACUGGUGUCUUUUUUCUAGUCAGGUAUAUUAUAUUUUAAACCUAUAUUAUGCAAUUUUGUAGAGAAAUAUAUUAUUUAGUUUUGUAAUCCUUUAUGCAUUUACACUUUACAGUGUUUAGGACAAGUUAAAUAUAGUCACUAAACACUAAUUGUUUGGUUUUAUCAAAGGUAAUAUAUAAAUAUUAUAUUAAGCAUAUUUGGAUAUAUAUAUAUAAAUAAUUUAUAAUUCAUUUUAUUUUUCUUUAACGAAACUAAAAUUUAAACCAGAUAACCAUGCACUUAAAAUUGUUUUUAUUCAUUUUUUGAAAUUGUUUAUUUUCACAUAAAUAUUUAAAUUAUUUAGAAGUACAUGAAAAAAAAUAUUCAUGUUGGAUUUUCGUUUUAUUGGUUUACUUUGGAUUUUUUUUUAAUUUGCACAUGAAAUAUUAAUGAAUAUUUUUAUUCAAUACAUGUAUUUUAUAAAAUUAAAUAAAAAGAAAAAAAUUUUUAAAAUGUUUCCAAAGAAACAUUUGGUUAUGCUUCUGUUAUUUUCGAUUGAAUUUAAAAUUAUUUAUUUUAUUUGCUUGAUUAUUUGAAUUGCUUUUGAUUUGGUUUGUUUUUGUUUGAUUAUUACUUAGAUGCUUAAUAAAAAUAAUGGAAGUCGUUGUGUAUGUUAUCUACAAUAUUUUACUCAGCAGGAUUUCAUUUGUGUAAAUGUUUUAAAACCAAAAAAGUGUUUUUCAUUUUGACGAUUGUAUUUCUGAAAUUUGUUGGCAGUGGGCAAUACUGUAUUAUUUUAAAAAAAAUUGGGGCAUGGUGGAUAAAAGUUAAAAUGUUUAUAAAAGUCAACAAAACUUUGUAUUUUAAGUCCUGAAGGGAGUGAGGAACGUAUUGGAUUUACAAUGAUAUUUAUAAAUUUUUGUUUUUCUGUGGAAAACUUUUCUACCAGCAAUUUCCCUUAGAUUUACAAUGAUUAGCACUUUUUCUGAAAGGGAAUCUGACUGGGAUACUUUAUGGAGAUUAGUUUUUGAUUUUCUCAAGAGUUUUUAUAAUAAAUGAGAAAAACAUAAAAAAAACUGGAUAAAUAAGUACAAUAUUGAACCAAUAUUAUUAAAGACACUGUUUGUAGACAAACUUAACUCAGAAUUGGGUUUUGUUAACAAUGGUCAAUCGGUGGAUACAAAUGUACAUUAAAUUUCCCCUUUAGCUGCCAAACUUAUCACAUACAAUGGUGACCCACCCACCUACCAAAGUAUGUCCUUUUUAAUUACAUGAGUCACCGAAAUCUUGUAUAUUAUUGAUAUUUACAAUUAUACAAGACACAAGUAUAACACUAAGCUAAACAUCAUUAUCACACAUCCUGAGUCAGUCUCUGCCAUAUCCACAGAUAUGGCCCAGAAUGUAGAUAACAUACAACUCAAAUUCCAAAAAAAUAAUAUUAAAAUGUGAUAAGUGUACAUUUUACUAAUUUUAUUAAAUAUUAAAUUUUUUUUUCACAGAUUUUAAAGAUAUGAAAAUAAUGGGAAAUAUAUUAAAACAAUGUGGUGCUUUUUUUCUGCAUAGAGGUAAAAAUUCUCAAGAUGAUGUAUAUAGAUCAGUGUUGAACACAUAUAUUAAACACUUGAUAACACGUGAAAGUUCACCAUUACAAUUUUUUAUGGAAGGUACUCGUAGUCGAUCUAAUAAAUCAGUUGUUCCAAAAUUAGGUAAAUUACAUUAUUUAUGUUACUAAUAUACCAUAACUUUUUAAUAUCAACCUAUGCAAAUAUAUUUAACAAUUAAUAAAUUAUGGUUAAAAUAUUGUAAUAUAAAAAAACAUAUAGGGUGAUCAACAUUUAAGAUACUCAUUAUAUUAUAAAGAAUCAACUUUUUUUAGAAAAUUUAAGAAACUCAGCUUUAAAAUGUUUUAUUAUGUUAUUUUUUGGGAAGUGGAUGAAAUUAUUAGAUUUUUUUAGUUAUUGUUACUGUACUUAUUAAGGAAAAAUUUCAAAUUAAUUAUUAUGUUAUUUUUUUAAAAAUAUUAGAAGUAUAAUAUUAGCUGUAAAUAUAUAUUGUGUAUUAUCUUUAUACAGAAUGAUUCACUAAGUGUGCUCACCCCAUUUCUUUUGGUUAAAUUUUGCAUAUAUUCAAAUAUUGAUUUUUGGAAUUUUUAAGUGUAGUUAAAGUAUUUUCGAAUACUUAAAUUGUUCAUAACAUUUAAGGAGUAUUCUGUAUCUUAUCAUACCAACUUUAGUUUUUAAAAUGAGAAUCUAUAUUCAAAAUUCCAUAAAUAGAUUGAGUUUCGUUUUAUUAGUGCUCCAUUAUUCCUCGCUAAACUUAAAAGUGGAAUAUCUGGUUAAUGGGUAGACGAAAAUCAAAAAUGUUAACACCAAAAUGUAUUUAAAGUAAUACUCCACCUAUUUAUGUAAUUUUUAAUAUAGGUUCUCAUUUGAAAAACCAACAUUGGCAUUGUCACUUGAUACUCCUGGGUUUAAAAUGAAAUUUUGCUCUUUUUAAAGCUAUGAAUUAAAAAGGAUAUUUCCUUAAAGGAAGUACCUUUUUCAAAAGAUAAAUUACUGGACAACAACCAAAAUUAACUAAUUGGCAUUGGGAUAAUGGUGGAGAUGAUGAGAUAUAAUGAAUCUAUUUUUUUAUAUUCAUUUCUGUCAUUUAAAGGAUCAAGAAGAAGAAAUGCUGAGUAAAUCAGCUAAUAUAUAGAUAAAUAGAUAAAGUUUAAGUUUACAUACAUUUUGUUGUUGAAAUUUCAAGUAUCCCUUAACCUGUUGUAGAUAUUCCACUUUUAGGUUUUUUGUUUUGUUUGUAGGGAGGUAAGUGAAAAUUUCUUUGUGUGGUGGUGUGAGGCUUGAGGUUUCAAUAGUGCUUCACUAUUCUCCGCUACCAAUAAACUGACAAACUUAAAAGUUAACAGAUAAAUGAAAAUAUAUAUUUUAACACCAAAACACAUUAAAAUUAAAACUUUCAUCUAUUUAUGGAAUUUUUAAAAUAGGUUACCGUUUGAUAUUUAAAAGUGAGUAAUGGUUUCACCAGCAAAAAUAAGAGUAAUGAAAUAAUUUAGAACUACUUGUUUCUUAAAAACAAAAUGUUGAAAAAAUUUAAUACUUUUGAAGAUAAAGAGUGUUUGAGGAUAAUUCUUAGGGCUGAUCACCUGUGUUUUGAUUACACCAGAGGUGGCCAAAUUAUAGUUUGUGUCAUGACUCAUGUUUCAUAUUAAGGUGUUUACAACAGCACUUCCUAGGUGGACUAUUUUAACAAAGAACUUAUUAUUUAUAAUUAUCUAAUUAUAUUAAUUAAUUGUAUAAUUUUGAGAAUUUAAUGAAAACAAAAUAAUAUGUAAAUAAUAAGUAUUUUGACAUAUUUAUCUAUUGUUACCCAUCUUUAUUACUUUUAAAUAUAAAAUGAUAAAUUAUAUUGAAUUAUAUAUAAUUUAUUUAUCAAUAAACAAGUAAUACUUUCCACAAUAAUACAUGUAUGAUAGCCAUAAAUAAAUUAAAUGUGGGUUUGUUUAUUUAAUCAAACUUCAACUAGUUAAAUUUAUAUUAUACCUUUUUAUUAAAUUUUUAAUCAUAAGUUUUUCUUUUUUUAAAUUCUGAGUGUAGCAAUGGAAUUAUUGGUUUUACUAAGAUGUUUAUAAUUUUUUUCUUUGUUCUUUAUUCUAGUUUGUGGACACAUCUUUUACUAAUUUAACUUGUUUCGAUUUUUACAUGUAACUAACUAAUGAUUAGCAUUAAUCAUACUCACAGAUUAAAUUAAUAUGAUAAAAAUAUUUUUAAAUUGUACAAUAUUUCAUAGAAAAACCAAAUUAAUCAUUUCAAAAUGUAAAUACCCAAAUAAUUUCAUGUUUCCCAAAAUUUUAAAAACAAUUGACUCAAUCUUAGUAAAAAUGUUGACAUCAACAUUUUUCUAAAAAUUAGAUAUGCAAAAAAGCUAUCUUGAUUUAAAAAAAAAAAAAGUUUAGUAUAUUUACAUUUAAGAUUCUGAGUGGAGCGAAGAAGCUCAUGGUUUUACAAAGGUGAUUUUAUUAUUUAUUUUUAACUUUUAAUAACUUUUUUACCAGAAGACUUGCUGAUAUUUCUAAGUGUAGCACCUUUUCAGAAAGGAAAUUGCUGUGGACAGGUACUUUAAGGAGGUCAUAUUUCGAUUUUCUCAGAAAAUGUGAAAAACCAGGAUAAGACUUAGGAAAACUGAAAAAAUCGGUAUAAUAUUAAACAAAUAUUAAAGAAAAUAUAUAAAGUCUAUUUCAUUAUUUUACUAUAAAAUUACAUAUAUAUAGUUGACAAAGCAUCUCUAUCAACUAAACUUUGCUCAGAAUAGUUUUUUGUAAGCAAUGAUUAAUCCUUACUUAUAGCUAUAUUUUAAUUUAUCUAUAACAAUAGCAGCACCUGGCUCCAUUAUCCUGAGUGUCUUUUUUAUUUUGAAUUCUUUAAUAUUAAAAUUUAACUAAAAGUAUUAAAUUAAAUUUUUUUGCUGAGAUGUAAUAAUAAUUUUAAAAUAUUUAAUAGAAAAUAACUUUGAUGAGCUAUUCCCAAACCCUCAAACAUUGUUGGGCAAAUUGUAAUCUGAUUAAUGAUUACAUUUUUUAGUUGUUAAUCAUAAUAUAAAUCAAUGUAAUCAAUAAUCAUAAUAAAAAAUUUUUAAAUGAUCAAAGUAAUAAUAUAAUCAUAGUAUUGAUUACCAUUACAAAAUACUUUUAAUUUGUAAUUAUGAUUAAUUUUUAAUCAUUAAUGGUAUUAAUGAAUAACAGCUAUAUUUUGAGAUAAACAACAUUUCGCUAUUUGAAUCUGCUAUUCAAAGGUUUUCCAAUUGAAUAGAAGUGAAAAUGAAUGUCCCCUCCCCAAAAAAAACUUAUUGAAAGGAGAUGUCCAUUAGAGGAGUUUUUACUGUAAUUUAUAUAGACAUUUUAUUCUAUUAUACAGUUAAGUAUACUUAUUCAUCUAAAUAUUUUUUACUUAUUACAGUCAUUAAUAUGUAUAAUGUAUUACGUAUAUGUAUCCAGGCUGAUCUAACAGAUGGGAUCAACAGAUGGCUUCCCCCAAAGGGGAAACUGUCCUAAGGCAUUGGAAACACCUUAAAUAUAUGGGGCACCAAAUAUAUAUAUAUAUCAAGUUUAGACACUAAACAUAUGAUAAUUACCUUAGAGUACUAAUAAUAGUUAACACAGUACUGUAUGUACAUUAUACAUUGUACAAUUGUAUAGUUGUAGUUAUGUGAUAAAUUUAACAAUAAUGAUUAAUGAUUAUAAAUAUUUAAUCAUGAUAAUUGAUAAUUUGAAAAAUGAUUAAAUGAUUAAAUGAUUAAUAACUAAUUUAAUUUAAUAAAUUUAUUAUAAUUGAUUACAUAAUUUAAAUGUAAAUUAAUCAAUUACGCCCAACACUGCCAUCAGAUUCUGAAACCAUGAUAUUCUUCUUUUACUCUAACUAAAUAUUUUUCCUUGAAAAAUAGUGUAAAUACUCCCUUUCUUGUAUAUUGAAAGAUAUUAAAUUUUGGCUAUUCACUAUGAAAUAAUUGUGAGGAUGUUGCAACUAAUAACUUAAAUAAUUAUUUAAUUUUUUUCAGGAAUACUAAAAUGUAUUUACAAUACUUUAACAAACAAUGAUGUUGAAGAUAUCACGAUCAUUCCAAUAUCUAUUAAUUACGAUUAUCUUCUUGAAGACAAGUUAUUUUGUUAUGAACUUAUUGGCCUUCCUAAACCAAAAGAAUCUACUUUAGUAUGCAUUAAUUUACUGUAAUAAACUUAAUUUUUAAUUUUCUUUAUAAUUUAAUUUAUUAUUAAAACAAUAACACAAUAUACUUAUUUAUGGAGUUCUAUGGAGGAAUUCUGUUCAUUUAUUUACCUAAAAGUUUGCAUGGUAAUAUAAAUUAUACUAUCCUACUCAUAUAGUAAUAAAUUAAUAUUUGUAUUGAACAGAAAGAAUUAAAUAGAUAUAUUAUUUACUUGAAAAUUGAGAUUUUUUUUAAAUUUAUAUAUAUUAUGUAUUAUGUUUAAUUAAUAAGCAAAUUAAUAAUGGUAUAUAUAUUUUAUAGGGAUUGAUUAAAAGCAUUAAAAAUAUGGAUGAUCAUUAUGGUAAUAUUUAUAUUAAUUUUGCUUCUCCUAUAUCACUUCGAAAAUAUAUUCAUGAUAUUAAUUGGACUAAUAGUAAAAAUGACAAUGUAAUAACAACUCUUGCUUAUGAAAUUAUGUAUAGGUAUAUUUUACAGUGGUUUAAUAAUAAUAUUCAAGCAAUAAAUAUAAUUCUAUAAUUUUGAUAUUUUUAGGCAACAACAUGGUAUGAUUUUAUCAUAUUUUAAUAUAUUAGCAGUAGCAUUGGCUUACAAUUAUUUCAGAAAUAAGACUUAUGUCAUACAUAUAGAUGUGAUGGUUAUUCAAAUAAAAUGGAUAAGUGAACUUUUAAGAAAAUGCGGUGCUGAGAUUGAAGCGGAAGGUAAAAUUUUGUAUGAUUAAUAAAUUGAAAAACUUAACAUUUUUAUUUAUAAUGAAAAAAUAGGUAUAUAUUUUUUUUAAAAAAACUUAUUGUAUCCUAAAGUUACACAAUAUAUUGUAUUUUAGAUUCUGAUAUUGAAAGUAGAAUCAUUGAUGUUGUACAAAUUCAUCAAAACUUUGUAACAAUGAAUGACAAAAUGAUAGAAUUAAAAAAAAAAUGUGUUAUGUAUGACAAUGUUGAUGCAUCAAAUUCAUCAGGUAAUAAAAUGUAUUUAUUUUAAUAGUUUAAACAGUUAUACAUUUAUUUAUUCAUUUUAAUCUUUAAAAAUAAUAUAUAAUUUUUAUUUAACAAAUGUUAAUUUUUUAUUAUUAUAGGAAAUCAAAACAAAAUAACUGAAAAGAUGAAUAGUGCAUUUCCAUUAAUUUUAAAUCAACUGUACAUCAAUCCAUCUUUACACUUUGUUAUAAAUAUGGGGCUUAUAAAUGUACUGUCAAAUUGUCGAAUAAUUUGGAAUAAUAGUGAGCUGGAAUUUGAAAUUAAACAGAAUAAAUUCUUCAAUUUUUCCAAAAAAAAUAAUCAUGAUAAAAAACAAAAUAUAUUACAGUAUUUAGUUGAAAUUAUUAUAAUUUUAAAUGUUAAUUUUUUUUUUUCAGAUAUAUUGGAUUUGGAGGAAAGUUUUAUUUUAUUAAGACGAUUAUUUGAAUUUGAAUUUGUGUUUUAUGAUGGAUGGGAAACACAAGUAAGUAAACUUGGCAUUUUUAAAUAUAUUUAUAUAAAAGGUUGAGAGAGAAACCAUAACAAUAAAGUUGGUAGCAAUUUAUUUAAGAAAAACAUCUCUUAAAGAGAAUGAACAAACAAAUUAAGCAAAUAAAGUUGCACUUUGGGAACACCUACCAUCAACUUUUAUCCUCUUUUCUUUUUGUUCUGUAUCCCUUUUUUUUUUACAGUAAUUUUUUAUUAUGCUCCUCUUUCCUUCUGGCAAGAAAUCAAUAAAGAAAUUUCCUUUUAGUCCCAAAACACAAACACAACUUAAUUGCUAUUAUUUUCAUCUGGCCUACAAUCACAAACAGGCAUUACUUUCCAGAUGACUACCAUAUAUGAACAGUGUACACAUUUAUUGUGUUAUUGUCUAUAUGUACAAUAUUAAUUAUUGUAAUGUAUAUAAACAUUAAAAAUUCUAAGCCAUAUGAAAUAUAUAGGUGUAGGUAACUUAUUAAUUUUAUUAUAAAUAGUUUAACAGAAUUUCAAAGUAUUGUCAAAACUACUAACUAUUUUGAUGGGGAGAUGCUGUCUGAUGGUCUCAUCUAAUGUACCUUUCAGAUUUCCCUACCCUAAAUACAUUACUAGUACUAUAUAAUGUAUGUGUUAUAGUAUAUGAUAUGGAUAAUGAAUAUUAUUCAAUCAUUACUCAUAUAAUUCCUAACCAUAAUACAUAUUACAUAUUUACAUGUGUGCUUAUAAUCUAGGAUAACAGCAAAUGAUUUAAAAAUCAGAUAAACAAGUUUAAUUUAUUGGCAAAUAAAUUAACUGAGACUAUAUCAAAAUCCCCUACUCUAAUUAUAUUCUUUUAUUUUGUAUAUUUUGUAUAUUUCUUUUACAGGAUUUUAAUAAUAGCCUUUCGAUGUACAUACACACACUCGAAAAAGAAAGAGAAUUACUUCGGUGUUUAACUAUUAAUCCUUUUAUUAUAUGCUAUCGACAAAUUUAUAACAGUUUAAAAAAUGUAAGAUUAAUUGGUUUUCUUGUAUGUAUUUAUGUAUUAAUUUUUAUUUACAUUUUUAGAUGAGUCAAACUAUAAUUUCAGAAAAUUUAGUAUUUAAAACAAUUUUUAUGGACAUGGAGUUCAUCUCACACCCUUAUGGUUUAACUAAAGAUUUAAUCAAAACUGCUUUAUGUUCACUUCAAAAAAUGAAAAUAAUUAAAAUAUUUAAAAAGUAAUAUAUUUUAUAUAGUAUAAGACAGUUUUAGUAAACACAAAUUUGACAUAUAUAACAGUGUACAGUCUAAAUAUUUAAUAUAGGGGCAUCUUAGCUAUUAUGUAAAUACAAUUGCAGUAACUCUUUUACAGUCUUAUGGGUAAACUAGAUGCAAAUGGAAAAAAAAACACGAGUUAAUUAUUAUUUUAUUUUGUUGUUACAGGCAAGUACAGCAAAAGUCUUGUCAUAUUAAUUGCAGUUAAUAAUUUCCACAUUACACUUAAUUAAUAUCUUCAUUAAUACUGUAUUACUCUACAUUGCCAGCAAGGCUGUACAAGAAAGAUAGUAUAUGAAUAUGAAUAUGAAUUAUAAAGUGACAAAUAAAAAUAACCAUUAUUAUAACUAUAUAAUGAUAGAUUUGUUGCUUUUUAUUUUAAAAGGCUCUAUUUAAGAAAGAUUUAUAAUAUAAUACAUAAAAUAUAAAUUAAAGAUUACACUUUAAUCAUUAAAAAAUUAAUAAUAAUAAUAAUAUAAAUCUUUAAUACUGCUAAUAGAUGUGACUCUAUUUUUGGAGGAAAUAUUAUAUAGAGCAGAGGUUCCAAACUUUUAAUUUCCCGUACCACUUAUAUGGAUUAUGGAUGUGUCACAUACUACAUAAAACUAAAAAUUGAAUUUGUAAAAUGUUUACAUUUAUUUCAAACCAAUAAGACAGUAAACUAUUUAAAUAUAAUAUUUAUAUGAAAUAUAGUAUUAUAUCCAUUAAAAACAUUUGUAGGAAUAUUGAUUAAUUUAUUUUCUGUAUUGUUAAACCGUGUAUACAUAUGGAGCCAAACUUUAUGUGAACCACUCUGGAAGUGUUUGUGUCUAUGUUUCUACACUUAUGAUAUAAGUCCUAUACACUUGCACACCUCGUAAACCAAUACUGGCAAUAAAUCAACAACUAAUGAUACUAGGUUCAUGUUGUGUUCUUCAAAGAAACCUACAUUCAAUGAAUCAGGGGCAUGUAUACUGGCUUUACCAAGUGAUCUUUUGCAUACCACCUUGUUGCCUACAGUUUUUCACCAGUGGUUCCCAUACUAUAGUUUGAGAACCACUGAUAUAGGUUAAUUUAAUUUAUAUCCAUGUAACAAUUAACAAUUCUGAUCAGGGUAUUUUUAUUUAUAUUUUUUUUCCCUUGUCAAUGUACCUAACUCAGAAAUCCUCAAAAAUUAUGAUAUAAUUUAAUUUUUGAUUAUUGAUAAAAUUUUUUUAUAAUUUUAUAUUUUAAAACAUUGACAGUUUUCCCCAUUUAUUAAGAAAACUACAAGAAAAUUUAAAAAGUUACCUUUAGAACACCUCAACUAAAUAAAAUAUUUUUUAAAAAAGUUCUUAUAAAAUUUUUGAUUGUACUAAGUUUUCUGAUGGAAAAAUUGUUUAUACACAAAAAAUAAUUGCUGAUUUACGGGAGAAAAAAGGAAAUCUAAAAUAAUGUAUAAAUCCAAAAAUAAUCAAAUUAAAUUACAAAUAAAUUUUAACAGGUGUCUUAAAAUAACAUAUUUAAAUAGCCCUUUUUCAAAUAUUGGGGAUAAAAAAAUUUCAAUAUAAUUUUUAAGUUUUAUUUAUAUAUAUACAAUUUUUUUUUUCAGUGAUGAAACAAUACAGUAUAAGAUAAACAAAACCAAUAUUUUGGAUUUGGUUCGUAUAUUUGGUAAGAUUUAUGAGAAUUAAAAUUGAGUAAGAAUGGAAGAAGGGCUUGUAUAUAUUGUGUAUAAUUUUUAAUAUAAGCAAAUACAAUUUAAUCUUUACUUGGUUAUUCUACUACUUGUAAUCUAUUACUUGGUUAUUUAGACCAAGUAAUAAAGAGGAAAAGAUUAUAAAAGAUGAAAUAAUAUAAAAAAAAUAUACCAACAAUUUAUGUAAGCCCUUUUUCUCAGAGAUCAAAAAAUAAAUACUAUAUUGUAUUAAUUUAAGUUAUUUAUCAUAGAGUGUUAAAUAAAUUGAUAUUAUUUAGUAGUGGAUAUGAAAACAAUUUAAAUUAUUGUAAAUUGUAUACUUAUUUAACUUAUAAUUCUACACUGAUAUUAGACAUUAAAACAUUACAUUGUGUUUUAAAAAUAAUAUAAAUAUGUAUUUAUUGUGUUUAGAUGAAAUUAUAAUGACUGGAAACAAUUCAAUGAAAUCAAAAAUUUAAGUACAGUAGAACCUCAUUAAUUCAGUUUUUGCUUAAUCCGGACAGACCAAAAAAAUAAACAUGAAAAUAAUUUCCCAUAAAUGUGUUUCAUCACAAUUAUUUAUAAAUUAUGUUUAUUAUAAUAAAAGCUAACAAAUUUAUAAUACAUACACUAUUUUCAGUUGUUAAAUUCAGUAAACUAUUAAAUAAAAAAUUACAUAGUUUUAGUUUUAUUUAAUCUGGACAACCUAGAGCCCCAAUUCUCCCCAAUAGUUUGGAUUAAUGAGCUAUUAUUGUAAUGAAAUUUAAGUAAAAAUAUUAUAUUAUGUAAUACAAUGUUGUAUAUAUCUUGAUUUUAAUAUUAGCUAGUUAUAUUAUAUUAGAUUAUAUUAUAUUAGACACCAUUAGACAAUUCAAAUUUACUUUUAAUAAUAUUGAUAUAAGGUACAUAAUUAUUGUUAUUAAAUAAUAUAGUACGCAAUUUAAAUUAUUAGUAAUAUAGUAAUACUCUAUUUUAUUAUUAUAAGUCAUUAUUAAUAUCACAAUGGUAGUAUUAACUGCAAUUUAUUACAUUGUACAUAAAACACUUUUUUACCAACAUUUAUACAUUUAUAACUGAAUAGUAAUUUUCUUUACAUAACUACUCAAUAUUUAGAUAUUAAAUUAAAUAGUGAUAAUCAAAAUUUGAACAAACUAUUAUGUAUGUAAUCUAACUAUUUUAUUAUCAAGAGAUUUUUUACUACUUACAGAUACAUCGAUUCUUAUUGAUAAACCAUAUUUCAAUAUUAUAUUCAAAUUUUUUCUCUUUUUGUCUCUCUUUUACUUUGUUAACUACAUAUAUUUUAAGGAGGGCAUAACAAAAAAUAUAUGGGUCCCUGUAAUGAUUUAUACAAUGGUUUAUCAUGAUUUUAGUAUUAGUUAUAUUAUAUUAGACACUAUUGGAUUUAAUUAGUUCUUAAGCCAAUUUAUAUUUAAUAUGUUGAUAUUAAACUCUUACACUUUUUCUCCAUAAAUACUUCUCGGUCUAAUUUUUUUCUCAUUAGAGCCUCUUUUUCUACAUUAAUAAAUGUAAAUGUACUACUUCAGCAUCACUACCUUAGGAACACCUACUGUACAUACAGUAACAAAUAUAUAAUGGUUCUAGUUGAAUACUGUAGCUGAAGAAAUUCCACUUAGAAUAGAUAAAAAUAUUAUUAUAAAAUGUGUGUUUUAUAUUUUUUCCUAUUAUCAUAGGAGGUACUUAAUAUAUGAUCUAGGUAGUCGGUUGGGUUAUAUAUUCAAUCAUUCUAUAUUCUAUUUCCCUCCUACAGUUUAAUUUAUUACAAUGAUAUACUUGUAUAUAUUAAUAGUUCAAAAAUAUUAGAAAAUGUAUACAUUUUUAUUUUAUAAUGAUAAAUAUACUUAGCAAUUAAAAUUUUAAAAAAUAGUAUUAUUUUGUUGUUAAUUAUAUUUACAAUACCUAACAAUUUUAGGAGUUAAAAAAUAUUUAUGAUUAUCCAAUUAUAUUAAUAUAUUAGGACGUUUGAGGAUAUGACGAUUAAAAAAAAAAGGACUGUUUUAAGAAAAGGACAUAUUUUGCGUGUGGGUGCAACCAAUUUUGUAGGUGGGAAGUUGGGAAGGUAGGAUACAGAUGGGAAUUUAAUAUAUAUCUAUAAACUAUUGCAUACUAGUUGAAUCCCAGAAAAAAAACAUAUUCCUUCCCAUUUUUACAGACUUAUUACUGUCUAAUUACAGUCUAGUUACAGGUAUGGUUAAACAUUUUUUUUUUCUAAUGUUUACUAUUUUAUUUUUAUGAUUUAUGUCUAUAGGAUUUUUAAUUAAUAAUUGGGUUGAAAUUUAUAAGAUAUAGAUUUAACAAAUUUGUAGCAAUUAAUUUUUCUCAAUAUUUUUUCCUUUAUGAAAUCUUAUAUAUUAUACAGUUUCUUCUUCUUCCCUCUGGACUUCUCAUUUUAAUAUAAAUGUCAAUUUGAAUAUAUUUUAAAAUGUGUAUAAAUUGAAAUAUUUUUGGGCAAGCAAAAUAAAACAUUGAAUAUUCAUAUGAAUAUAAGGAUUCAAUACACAGACCCAAUUUAAACACUAUGAAGUAAGAAGUAAAUUACUGAUGUAAGUUAUAUUAAACACAAUUUAUGUCAAUAUAGCAAGAUAAUAGUUCUGCUCCAUCUAACCUACCAACUAUAAAGAUAUUAAAAUACUGUCAAUACAUGAUGAUUAUAUCCCAAACUAGUGAUGGUUAUAAUGAAUAAAACUGUCAUUUCUUUGAAAAUCUCAUGAAAAAUUAAAUGUAUUUUGGCCCCCUUAGAUAUAACAAAACACAAUCUCAAUACACAUUAACACUUUUAAUAAGUCCUAUUUAAAAAAAAAAG